AUGACAAGCAAUAAGAAGACACCACAACUGAUGUCUAGUAUGAAGGUUGAGUUGAAGUUGUUCACCGGCAAGGAGAACUUUAUGCUUUGGCAAUGGAGGAUGAAGUAUGUCCUUAAGCAGCAGGGUCUCUGCGUAGUCUUGGCAGGCAAAGAAAAGAAGCAGGACACUAUGACGGAUGUGGGGUGGGACAACCUAGACGAGCUUGCUAAAGGGUCCAUCGAACAACAUCUCACCAAUGAAGUGUUGUGUAAUGUGAUAAAAGACAUCGUGAUGUAG